GAGAGAGAGAGAGAGAGAGAGAGGAGAGGGAUCACAUAUCACAUACUUGUAGUCUUAGCAGCAGAUCACUUAACCCAGGAGUUCAAGACCAGCAUGAGCAACACAGCAAGACCCUUUCCCUGGAAAGAAAAACAAUAGCUAAUUUUAAGUUAUCCCAUUAUAGAAUUUAAAAAAAACAUAAAUUAAAGUGAAACUCAGUCACAUUACCAAGAGGGGUUUCUUUUCCAGGGGAAUGCAAAGGGAACUCAGGGUAUGGCUGUGAAUGCUAGGCGCCAGAGCAGACCUGGCACACUCAACCCCUGUCCUGCUUUGACUUCUUGGUGGGAACUCUAGUCUAGGUGCUCCUGUUAGAGCCAUUAACCACUCCUGUCUGCCUCCAAGCCAAAGAGACAAAGCCUGGAGCACAACCAGCAGAACAAUUUCCCAAAGAAACUGUUUGUGCCUGUUUGAAGUUUGUUUCCCUGGGAACCUUGGGCUCUCAAGCCCAUUGGAUAGAAGGCAGAUGCCAUUCAUUAAGGUGGCAGGAAGAAUCUGACCAUCAACCAGGACAGAAAGAAGAAAACCAUCCAAGUGGUGAGCUGUAUGAGACAGAUUCCAGGCACCAGCUUCAGUUCCUGUGUCUGUCUCCCAGCAUGGACUGCUUGAAGAAGAAGACCCUGUCUUUUCUCCUCAUUUUUGUGUCCAUAUAUGCACGUGGGACUCUGUUGCAGGAAGCUGGCCCAGCUAGGCAAAGAAAACCAUUCUUUGAGAGGCUCCGUCGACUGGAAGAGCAGUUUCAGAGAUUCCAACAGGUGACCUUAACACACCUGCAGGACAUUGCCAGCAACUAUAAUGUGUACUACAAUGUGGAUGCCCGCUUCCAGAGCCUGGUGGAAGAGAGCCAGGCCAUAGCUCUAGCAGCGAACCGGUCUCAAGUUGCCAUACAAAAGGAUGUGGCCCACCUAAAAACUUGGCUCAGGAAGAUCCAACGCAGAAGCCAGAAGGUGGAUGCCCAGCUUCAAGCCUUGAACCUCUCUCUGAGCACAAAGAGCAGGCAAUGGGUGGAGGAGGAAAAGGAGCAAAAAGCAAAGAGAGAGGUUACUGCAAGCCUGGCCCUGAGCAUUAGGGCCCUGCAGGAUGCACUGGCCAGCCUGACACAGCAAGUCCACAGCCAGGAUGCCAGGCUUGCUGCUCUUGAGGGACAGAUACAGAGAGCCUCCCCUGGUACUGCAGUUCUGGGGCUGACUACAGCCCCGAUGCCCACUCAGCUUGCUCAGCGAGGCCCAGGUUCCUUGCAACUGUGGAGAAACAGCCAGACAUCCAGGCCUUCACUACAAAACAGGAGCUCCCCCCAAGACUUCACUGUCCAUGUCCAGAAGACACAGAAGUUCCAAGCCCCAAGCAGACAUCAAGCAGCCCUACCAAGGACCCACCAAGAACCAGGAAACAUUUGCAGCUCAGGCCCAGUGCUAAUUUUUCCCAACGCCUCCACUGAAAAUGUGAUCUUUCUUAGCCCCAGCUUCCUCACGCCCCUACGAGCUCUGUCUUUCUGCAGUUGGAUUCGUAUGGCCUCUGGCCACCUGGGUACCCUCCUUUCUUAUGCCACCAAAGACAAUGACAACAAGCUAGUACUGCAUGGCCGAGACUCCCUGGACCCUGGCUCCAUCCACUUUGUAAUUGGUGACCCGGUCUUCAGGGAACUGUCCCUGAAACCACUUCUGGAUGGUCAGUGGCACCACAUUUGUAUCAUCUGGACAUCCAUGGAGGGCAAGUACUGGCUCCACAUAGACCGAAGGAUAGUAGCUACUGGCACCCACUUCAGAGAGGGCUAUGAGAUCCCUCCUGGAGGAUCCCUCGUGUUGGGCCAGGAACAAGACACUAUGGGAGGUGAGUUUGACAGCUCUGAGGCCUUUGUAGGAAGCAUAUCUGGCCUGGCCAUCUGGGACCGGGCACUGGUACCUAAAGAAGUUGCAAACCUUGCCACUGGGAAAGAGCUCCCGACUGGUGCUAUUCUGACGCUGACCAAUGCCACAUCAGUGGGGGGAUUUGUGAAGAGGGCCAAAUGUACCUGCCUGGAGCAAUGUCCAUGAGGCUGACACACUUGAGCUGCAUCACAGUCAAGGCCAGCAAGAAGUGCAAGCCUUCAUAUCAACAUAUUCCAAAACACACCCCUGCCAUCACUUCAGGACUGUGCACCUGUGCUCUGACAUAGGCACCACCUGCAUGGAAGUUGGGAGUAGAUGGAAAAUGUGCAAUGGAGAAAAAGGGGCCCAGACUGCAACUUCCUAUUGUUGUGGAACUCUUUUGUUUGGUUGGCAUUUUUGUGGUUUUGUUUGUUUGCUGUUUUCUAAGACAGGGUCUCACACUGUGGUCCUAAUUGGCCUAGAACUUACUCUGUAUCUCACGCUGGCCUCAAACUCAUAGCAGAGACUCCAAAUGUGAGUCACCAAUCUGCCUCCCUCCCUCUCUCCCUCCCUCCCUCCCUCCCUGUGGUAGCUGCUGAAGCUUCCAGAGCUACCAUUAAAGACAUACUAACAAUGCUUUAAAACAUAAUUUCUGAAGCAUGAUUUCCAUAUUAAAUACUUGCCUUGUUGUUUUUUGUUUUUGUUGAUUUUUUUUGUUUUUUAAGACAGGGUUUCUCUGUAUAACAGCUCUGGCUAUCCUGGAACUCACAAAGAUCUGCCUGCCUCUGCCUCCUGAAUACUGGGAUUAAAGUAUUGUGCUACCAAUACCCUGCUAAUAUAUGCCCCUUUGAAAUUUUUCUUAAAGGUUUUAAUAAA